CUCACCACAAACUCCAGAGUAUUGGAGGGCACACUCUGUACUUGGGAUGACCUAUCAAUUAAUCUGACUACAUGCUACUGCAAUCCCCUACCUUGUCUAAUAAUAUAUAAUAACCUACUACUAAUAUCUUCUCCAUCUACUCCAUACUAAUUCUCCAACCCCGCAGGCGCGUGGGGGUCACAAAGCGAAUCCUCAGGAAUACCUCUCAAUAAUAAGCUGCAAGACAGACACACUGAAAGAAAGCAAAAGCCGACGUGGGGGAAGGAAAGGCGAGAUUCUCCGACCGAGGUUGUCUAUAGGUUGUCUAUAUAUACAGGAAUUGCUCCUGCUGUGAAUGUCUCCUCUUUCAACUCUCCCCUCACUGACCUCCCCCCCACAAGUCACUACCAGUAGGUAGAUUGCAAUUCCCAUUCAGAAAUUCAGUGACAAGAUGCCCAGCCGCACCCUCACGCCGGGCGUUUACGUCCCUACCGUUGCAUUUUUUACGUCAACCGAGGAUGUUGACGUCCCUACCGUCGAGAAACACGCUGCUUUCCUCGCCCCGACAGGUAUCGCGGGUAUUGUCGUCCAAGGCAGCAACGGCGAGGCGGUCCACCUCGACCGCGAGGAACGCAAGACGAUCACGGCCGCGACCCGCCGCGCUCUGGACGCUGCAGGACACGCCUCGAUGCCUGUUAUUGUCGGCACGGGCGCCCCCUCGACCCGCGAGACGAUCCAGCUGAGCGUCGACGCCGCCGAGGCCGGCGGCGACGCCGUCCUCGUCCUGCCCCCAAGCUACUAUCAGCCUCUGGUGAGCCGCGCGGCGCUGCUGGACCACUUCCGCGCCGUGGCAGACGCCUCGCCGAUCCCCGUGCUGAUCUACAACUUCCCCGGUGCCUCGUCGGGCCUCGAUCUCUCCUCAGACGAUAUCCUGGCGCUCUCCGCGCACCCGAACAUCAUCGGCGUGAAGCUCACCUGCGGCAACACGGGCAAACUGGCACGCAUCGCCGCGGGCACCGGCUCCGAUUUCCUGACCUUUGGCGGAUCCUGCGACUUCACCCUCCAGACCUUGGUCGCAGGCGGCCAGGGCGUCAUCGCCGGCACGGCAAACGUGAUCCCGCGCGCGUGUGUCGCCGUCAUGAACACCUACCUUCAGGGCGACGUCGCGCAGGCGCAGAAGCUGCAGGCUGUCGUCGCGCGUGCGGACUGGAUCGCCAUCAAGGGCGGCUUCGUCGCCGUCAAGGCCGCCCUGCAGAGCUUCUACGGGUAUGGCGGACUGCCGCGGCGGCCGUGUGUCGAGGCCAAGGGCGCGGAGGCUGCCGCUCUCAAGCAGGCGUUUACCGAGGGCAUCGAGCUAGAGAAAUCAUUAUCUUAGUGUCAGUAAUUAACGACUAGACUGAACAAGACUACUGAAUAAACCGUGCUGAUUCAUCAUCUACCUUGGUAGUUAAAAUUUUUCUUUUAUUAAUACUAGGUGGUCAAAUCAAUACUGGUCAAAGCAAGG